AGCUCUUGGGUUGACCAUGUCUAGUGGGAUGAGUGACGUAGGUGCAGUGAGGGGAGGAGGCGGGGCCGGAGGAGAUACAGUUGAGUUGGUGAAUUCUCUCUUGGAGAGAAUAGAAGAGUUGGAGAGGACUGUGGAGGCCAUGAGGAAGGAAAAUCGAGUCCUUCAUUCAUCAGGUCCUCAGACAGGCGAUGUACAUAGUACACCGCCAAAAUAUGGGGGCUGUCAGGUAGUCAAGAGCCAUGGCAACUGCUUAAGGUUGAAGAGGACCAAUCCUGCGGGUGUGGGGUGCCGCAACUCCUUCCAGGCUCUCUCUGAGCUGAGGGAGGAGGAAGAAGUGAAGGAGCAGGAGGUUAAGGAGAGGAGGGCAGAUGACAAAUCCCAGCCCAGAGGUAACAUUUUGGUUGUUGGGGAUAGCCAGGUCAGGUUAUUAGAUAGGACCAUCUGUGCUAAAGAUAGGAAACGUAGGACCAGGGUGUGUUUUCCAGGGGCGGGGAUUAGGGAUAUCAGCGAUAGGGUAGAGUUGUGCAUGUCAGGCGAGGGAGUCAAACCCAUCCUCUGCCUGAGCGUGGGAGGGAACGACAUAGGCAGGUUUGGUAGCGAGCAGCUUCUGCGUCGCUACAUGGAGGCUCUUCGAAGAGUUACGUCCAAAGGCGGGGUUCCUGUGGUUCUGUCAAGGCGGCGGGUUGGUGGCAUUUGGCUGGGGCUAUUGCAUUAAACUGCAGGUUGGCAGAUUAUUGCAAAGCCAAUGGAUGGACAUUUGUCGACGCCUGGGACCGUUUCUUUGGCAAGGACCACCUAUACCAGAGGGACGGGGUUCACCUUUCACAGGAGGGGGUACAGAUCUUGUCUGAUGCCCCUGAACAUGGAUUGGGGGCCCUGCAGGGUUUUUAGGGUAAGUAAGAAGGGGCCUAAGAUGGCAAUACCAAGUGGGAGCACUAAAUGUAGUAAUAAUAAUAGCGGCUGCAGGGUAAGGCAAGGGGUAGGUAUAAAUGUGUACUAUACAAACAGUAGAAGUAUUAGGAAUAAGAUAGACUUAUUGAGGGGAAAGGCGUGCGUAGAGAAAUUUGAUAUGAUAGCGAUCACAGUCAUGGAUACACACUGCAGACAGACACUUUCUCCCAGAAUUAGAGAUUGAUGGGUAUAAGUUAUUCUACCAAGAUCGAAUAAGGAAGGGGGGUGGGGUCGCACUCUUCGUCAGGGACAAGUUGCCAACCCCUUUUAUAGGAAAUUAGUAGGGCGUCAAGAUAUAGAAAUGUGUGUGUAAUUGGGGAUUUCAAUUAUAGGAACAUUGAGUGGGAUACUUUAUCCGGAGACCAAGAGGCGCAGGAUUUGUUAGAUGUGAUACAAGAUAGUUUCCUUAAACAGUUAAAUAGAGCACCAACGAGGGAAGAAAAUAUUUUGGAUUUGUUGUUAAUAGAGAGGACAUAAUAAGCAACAUUAAGGUUGGGGAUUCAUUAGGAAACAGUGACCAUAAGGAAAUUAGAUUUAAUAUUAAAUGGGAGGAUAGAGUCAGCAGUAACAACACAUAAAUAUCUGACUUCAGGAAGGCGGACUACGAGGGAUUAAGAAAGCAGCUGCAAAGGAUUAUGGGAGUGAGAUCAGAAGUAGGUCAGGACUCAGAGCAGGGAGGGGCGUUAAUCUCUGGUGAGGUCACUAGUCAGGUCAGUAGCCUGGAGGGUGAGUUCAAUAGUCUGGUCAGGGAGAUUAAACUAAGGCAGAAACAGUUAUACCUCACAGGGAAGUCAGGUCAACAGGUAAUUACCCGCGAUAGAUGACAGAAAGGCUUAAAACUGAAAUAGGAAGGAAAAGAGGACUAUAUGUUAGAAUCAAAUAGGGGGAAACUCACCUAAGGGAUAGUUACAACGAUUUAGCUAAAACAGUAAAGAAGAACACACGUAUGGCAAACGUAAUUAUGAGAUUAGAAUUGCCAGGGAAGCAAAGACCAAUCCAAAGGGCUUCUUUUAGCUUUAUAAGACCAAGGUUAGGGAUAAGUUAGGGCCGCAUAAGUCAGGAGAAUCACUGAUUGAUAGAGAUGAGGAAAUGAGCGAGGCGUUAAAUAGAUAUUUCUUAACUGUAUUUACCAAAGAAAGAUUAGAUUAUAUACCUCAGGGAGAACAGAUCUGUAGGGGAGAAGAGGUAGAAGGAUUAACCGGCAUCAACAUAAGUAGGGAGCUUGUGAUUAGACAGAUAGAUAGACUUAAAGUCACUAAGGCGCCAGGGCCAGAUGAACUUUUCCCCAGGGUAAUAAAGGAAUGUGAAACUGAAAUAAGUGGGCAGUUAACAGAAGUAUUUAGGAAGUCACUAGACACAGGGGUGGUGCCUGUUUCAUGGAGGCAGGCACACGUUAUUCCAAUAUUUAAGAAGGGUGACAAAUCUUCUAUGGAGAACUAUAGGCCGAUUAGUUUGACGUCAGUUAUAGGUAAAAUGAUUGAGUCAAUAAUAACUGAUAGUAUUAGGGACCAUAUUGACAGACAUAAUUUAAUUCACGACUCACAGCAUGGGUUUAUUAAAGGAAAGUCGUGCCUCACUAAUCUUUUAUCCUUUUACAAUAGAGUAUAUACGAGUCAGCUGACAAUGAUGAAAGCUAUGACGUAGUUUAUCUUGAUUUUAGUAAGGCCUUCGAUAAGGUACCUCACCAGAGACUGUUAAAUAAAGUCAGGACUCAUGGGAUAAGAGGGAAGAUAUUUUCCUCGUCCAUGUAGCUAUCCAGUCUACUCUUAAAACAAGCUAUCGUCCCUGCACUAACUAUGUGAUUGCCGAGUCUAUUCCAUUCCCCCACCACCCUAUUACUAAACCAAUGCUUGCCUAUAUCUCUCCUAAAUCUAUACUUUUCUAAUUUAAAUCCAUAACUGCGAGUUCUAUCCUGCUGGAUGAUUCUCAGUACUUUACUUAUAUCGCCUUUGUUGUAACCCUUGACCCAUUUGAAUUUUUCUAUCAGAUCUCCCCGCACUCUUCGUCUUUCUAGUGAAUGUAAGUUUAGAUGUUUCAGCCUAUUUUGAUAUGGGAGGUUCCUCAGCCCCUGAAUCAUCUUGGUCAUCCUCCUCUGAACUGAUUCUAGCAAGUUAAUGUCCAUUCUGUAGUGUGGGCACCAAAACUGGACAGCAUAAUCUAAGUAUGGCCUAACUAACCCUAAAUAGAGUCUGAGGAUGACCUCUGCACUCCUGUUGGUUACCGUCCUGUUAAUAAAGCCUAAUACCCUGUUAGCCCUAUUCCUCGCACUAAUACAUUGCUUCCUUAGUUUUAGGUCAGAGUUCACUAACACUCCCAAAUCCCUUUCACACUCAGACCUGCCUAUCGCUGUGGAGUCUCAACUAUACUCGUGUAAUGGGUUGCGUGUUCCUACACUAAGUACGCUACACUGCCAUACUGACAUCUCGUUUUCUGUGCAACACUACGCUAAAACGCCCUAAAGGCUGUGGAUUUAUUAUUUAUUAAUAACCUAACACAUACAAUUGGUCAUAGUGGGUCAUGCAUCCCAUACAUAGCUCAGCGUUGGCAGUAAUAACGAAUCUGAUUUGAAAUAGCGCGCGUUCCCGCCUUCUAGUGUUCCCGCCUGACUUGUGACUACUCCAGCUCUCUCAAUCAAAAUGGCGGGGACUCCCGCGGCAUUUUUCCACAGGCCACUGCCUGACUAAUGAAAUCAUGACAGUGUCUGUUAUGUUUAUUAUACUUGUUGCUUUUUAAGUGUUGUUGAAUACACAUGUGUUUUGGAAGUACUUUUUUUAUAUCAUUUCACCCACUAUAUAAUUGUGGCCUCUCGUCUUCCUUUUAAAGUCCCAAAUGCUUCGUCUACUCAUGCAGUGCCUCGAGAACCAUCUCCAUAAGCUCUAGCCACUCCGCAAGGAUUACUGCAUCAUCGUUAAAACAAGGUCAGUGACCUUGACUUUAACAACAUGUGCUCCACAAUUACUGUGAUCCACACGUCCAUGCAAGUGUUGAAAAGUGACGGGGCAAGGACACUGUCCUGCCUCACUCCCUGGUUCACGGGAAAGAAGCUGGACACGAACAGCGGGCGUGUUCCAAGAAUCAUUGAUGCAUCACUAUCAGUAAUGGCUGGGCAAGUGGUGGGAAGUCCUCUGCGGCUAUGUGUGGGGGGUAUGAAUUUGCCUGCACCAGCCAGCACAGGCAAAUGAGACCGGCUCCUUGUCCAAGAAAAAAAGCGGAGGCAACCUUUACACAAGGCAGGAAAGCAAACAGAGAUGGACAGGCAGACACAGAGAAGUAGGCCGGCAGACAUUUAUACAAGAAAUUAUAGAGGUAGGUAGGUGGGUGGAUAAGUAAGGGCAGGCAAACUGGCAGACAGGCAAACACUACUUCUACGAUUACUACUAUGCGACUAUUUCUUCUUCCACCACUUUAAAAAUAUUAAUAACAGAGAUGGAGGCGAGCGCUGAUCCUAAACCAUGUGACAUCGAGAGGGAUGGACCCCAAGACCCCAUGCUGAGGCCUACGGUGGUACAGGUGGUGCUGAUCAUCCUGUCGUCCCUGGCUAUGCAGCAGUUCGGCAUAGCCUACACAUGGCCCAACGCCCUGGCUGGUGAUCUCCAGACUGACAGCUCCACGCUCCUCGGACACCAACUCUCCAUCACCCCUGUCGGCCUGGACCUCGUCGGCAGCCUGCUGUUCGCCGGCUUCUCUCUGGGCACCCUCCCGGCUAGCUGGCUGGUGGCAAGGUUCGGCCGCCGGAAGUGUUUCAUCGCCUCAGUCCUGCCCACUUUCUUCGGCUGGGCAUUCACCGCCUUCGCUGACAAAGAUAUCUUCAUCUUCAUCGGCAGGUUCGUCAGCGGCCUAGGUCACGUGAUGAUGAUGCAGACUUCGAAGAUCUACGUGGCAGAGAUCUCCAACACCAGCAUCCGCGGCAUGGCGUCCACCUAUUUAGAGAUGAUGCGCUGGAUGAAGCUAACGGGCUUCUUGGUGGUGGCAGCGGUAGCCAUUAAAGUACCCUGGUACAUCAUUGCGUGCGCCAUGGCAGUGCUGACGCUGGUGUACGGUGGCGCCACGCUGGCCGUGCCCGAGAGCCCCAACUUCCUCGCCGUACAGGGCAGGUAUGAAGAGGCUCGCCGAAUCCUCCGGCGGCUCAGAGGUCCAAGAGCGGACGUGGACGCGGAGUUGACCCUCCUGAGGCUCCUGAACCAGCGGCGUGACGGAGCCUCAGGGUUCGCGGCCAUUUUCAAGUGGGACGUGCUGAAGCAAAUGGCGGCGCUAAUUCUGCUGGGCACGCUCCGGAGCAUGUGUGGCGUCGAAACGAUCACCGUGCACUGCACACGCAUGCUGCUGGACACCGGCGUCUCCCUGGACCACACCCUGGGAACCCUGGUAGUCAACUCAGCUUACGUGUUUGGGGGCCUCUGCCUCACCCAGCUGGUGGACCGCCUGGGCCGACGCUGGUCUAUGGUGGUAUCCCUCACCAUCGUGGUGGCGGGCAACGCAGUGCUGGGCUGCUACUGUUACUUUUUCCAGGUGCUCCCCCAGCCCAGCCUGGAUAUCAAGCUCUUGUCUCCGCUGGACGACAACACGACUGUUCCCUACAUCGCGGGGGUGAGAGCUAUUGGUGACGUGGAUCGGCUGUUUCCACUGUUGUGCUUCCUGGUCGUCGCCUUCGGGGUCGGUCUGGGCAUUGCCAACGUUCCUCUAGUGUUGGCGCUCGAGUACUUCCCGACCAGCAUCCGGGCUGAGGGCUUUGGUUUAUGCCUGACGUGGAUGUCCGCGUGCAGCGUGGUCAUGCUACAGCUGUACAGCGUGCUGGUGGACGCCCUCACGAUCACAGGCCUAUACUGGUUCUUUGCCCUUGCCGCCGCAGCAGCGUUGGUGCACACACUGUGCUUCAUACGAGAGACCAACAAGUGCAACAUUGGCUGAGGAGAGAGAGAGAGAG